GGCCUGGGUUUCGAGUGAAUACGCGGCUGUUUUGGCACUCUGUAAUGAACGCGCAACGAAUCGGCCACCGGUGACACCUGUGCCACCGAUGGGUGCGAUGAGGCUGGCCUUUCUUCCCCUGGUGGGCGUGGCGAAUGUGCGUUGCCAGGUCCAGGGCGAGAACCCGCCCAACGACACAUGGGCCUACAUGGCCGGGGUGGUGCGCUCGUCACUCUUCCAGGUGAACGAACGCAGAAUGGGACAGACAGAGCCACAAAUUGCGCAGCCGCAUGCCAUUGGCUGGCUGUCUGUCUUGUGUUGCUGGCAGGGCCUUGCUAUUGUGGGCACGUUUGGGAUUAUCGUCAUGCUCGCAAGGCGUACGUAGCAGUUGGGAGACGGGCAGGAACCGGCAUUGUGUGUCGAAAGAUGGAUGGAUGGAUGUGUGUGUAUGUGUGUGUGUGUGUGCAGUGCGUCCGAAGGAGAGGAACCGCUACGCCGUCGCUGGCAAUGCGGCUAAGGCGGCAAACAAAAGCCAGAGGGGGUAGCCGAUGGGUACACGGCCGUGUCAGAUCCGUGCUGUGUAGAAAACAGAAUACACACAGAUGACUUACUUCAUUGUGUGUAAGAAAGAGUAUGAUGCGAUGGACGCCUCAAUCCCACCACCCCCAUGGACACGCAAUUCACGGUUGAUU